AUGGUCUUUCAGUGGCCCUCAUGUUCUGAAAAGACUCCCCCUCUUCACCCAAAUCUGAGUACCUCCCAAUACCAGGAGAAAUUUUUGCUUACUGCUGUCAUCAUAUCAGCUCCAGGAAACUUUCAGCAUCGUGAAGUCAUUCGUCAGACUUGGCUUCAGGCCUGUCCUGUAGAUUUCAAACAUUUAUUUGUAGUAGGGUCAGAGGGCUUGGACUCAAGAACAAUGGGUCUCAUCAGUGAAGAAAUGAAAAAACAUGAAGAUCUCCUCCUCUUGCCAAUCCAUGACUCAUAUCAAAACCUCACAAGCAAAGUCCUUCAGGCCAUUACAUCUGUGCUGGGGUUACUGCAAACAGACUACAUACUGAAAUGUGAUGAUGAUUCCUUUGUUCAGGUUGUGUCUCUCAUGGAGCAUCUUCGACAAGCUGAGACUCCUCGGACAAAGUUUUAUUGGGGCUUUUUCUCAGGGAAUGCUAAAGUGUAUCGGACUGGACGGUGGAAAGAAGAGCAGUGGAAUCAUUGCAAUUCCUAUCUUCCUUAUGCCAGAGGAGGUGGAUAUGUGAUAUCACACGACCUGGGUGAGUUCCUGGCACGUAAUAAGGAGGAUCUGGCUCAAUUUAGCAGUGAAGAUGUGUCAGUUGGUGCAUGGUUGGCAUUUGUGAAAGGCCUUCAACGUGUCCAUGAUAGGCGGUUUGACACAGAGUAUAAAUCUCGAGGUUGCUGGAAUCUGUAUUUGGUGACUCACAAGCAAACAACUGAGUCUAUGGUCACCCUGUGGCAGAAUCUACAGACCCAAGGAAAGUUGUGUACCCAGGAGAGUAGCAUAAUGUUCUCUUAUGAGUAUAAUUGGAAUGUUCAGCCCUCUCAUUGCUGUGUUCGUAAUGUCUCUGACAUCAGCAGUUCUACAUUGAGUUGA